GUGGUCUCGACUCGAGUGCGCAUGCGUGAAAUGCUCGGCGACUCGGGGCUUCUCCAGCUACUUGGUUUGAUAUUCUGAGUUGACCCGCAGAGUCAUUUUAGGAGCAAACAUGUCUACAAGUGAUUUUUAUCUGAGGUAUUACGUCGGGCACAAGGGGAAGUUUGGACACGAGUUUUUGGAAUUUGAGUUUCGGCCUGACGGUAAACUCAGGUACGCCAACAACAGCAACUACAAGAAUGACGUCAUGAUCAGGAAGGAGGCCUAUGUGCACAAAAGUGUGAUGGAGGAGCUCAAGAGGAUCAUUGACGACAGCGAAAUAACCAAGGAAGAUGAUGCUCUGUGGCCGCCACCUGACAGAGUUGGAAGACAGGAGCUGGAGAUCGUCAUCGGAGACGAGCACAUUUCCUUCACAACUUCUAAAAUCGGGUCCUUAAUCGACGUGAAUCAGUCAAAGGAUCCUGAAGGUCUCAGAGUCUUCUAUUACCUGGUCCAGGACCUCAAGUGUCUCGUCUUCAGUCUGAUCGGCCUGCAUUUCAAGAUCAAGCCCAUCUAAGAUGCGCACGUCACUUCCGUGCACGUUUAUGUUCUUCUACUUUGUUUGUACAUUUGUUUUUUGGGGAAUUUUUUAUUCUGAAUAAACAGUUGAGGAAAA